CGGACUUUCGGCGUUUGGAGUUUUUGUAGUACGCCCGUCGGGUGAAAUAAGUGGUGAGGUGGACUAGGGUGUAAUGUUCACCAACCGUCGUCGUCGUUUCCCGCACCCGUCAAUCGUCGCAUCUUCAACAACGUUCUCAGGUUAGUUGGCUGCUGUUGGUUGUGUGAGAAAUGUUACGUCCGCUGAGGGUCCUCCACAACUGCGCCGCCCUUCCGUGACAUCGAGAUGCGACUCAGUCCCUUCGCCCUCGCACGGCGCGUUGGGGUUCCUGCCUAGUGCAUCCGAAUUGUAGCAGCCUAUCGUCCACACCGCUGAGAGAACGAACGGUGGUGUUAUGUGCGGGUUUGGCUGCGCGGAAAUUUAUCAUUUUCUGUGUAGUACACAGGCGGCCCCAGCAGUGUGUAUGUCGCUUAUAGUUUCGGUUCGUUCGAAGUCAGUCACAGCAGCAGCAUCCUCUAGUGAGAAGUACGUUUUUUUCGGUUUGGCAAAUUUGGAGUGCUGGAAGUUGCAAUUGCAAGUCCAGUACAGUGCAGCAGUGCAAGGUUAGAGGUCGAUCAGUGUGGAUCUAGUGGAGUUUUGAGUGAAAAGCGUUUUUUGUCUGGAGAAUAAAGUUCUGGAACAAAGAUCAGCUAAAGUAAUUUUGGAGCAUUUUGGGGACACGUUAUGGAUUUGUGUUGGGUGGCGAAGGAGCGUUACGCAGUGAUGCGUCUAAGCAAUCGUUGAAGUGAGUCACGGAAACAGAGAUUCAACGCCUCAGUGAGUGAGAGUGAGAGAGGGGUGUUUGAAGAAGAGGCCCGACGCGACGUGGCUAACACAACAAUCUAAAUUUUAUAAGAAAAGCCUAGGUCAAUAAUGUGUAUAGUGAUGUGUUUUGCUGAUACAUGAGAGUCGGUCGCUUAGUCGGUUGAUUUAUUUUUGUCCGGCUUGCCGUGUCGUCACAGUCGUCAUCAUAUCUCCGUCAAGUAAAAGAGAACUCGAAAAGAUUUGAGGUGAGACGAGGAAUUGGUAGGUUUCGGUUUUCGCUGAUAUUUUUGAAAAUAAUGCCCAUGAGAUAAGUAGCACGGAAGUGGGUAAACCGAUGCCGAAGAGUUAUUGAUAUUUUAAAAUAACUUUACCGCGACCUAAGCUACAGCAAUAAGCGGAUUUCAAUGGUCGUUGAAUAGGAACGUGUGUGAUUUUUUGUCUAGUCGACAAAUUAGUGGUCGUGAGUCGCUGACCAACGACGUGUGAUGAUUAAAUAGUGUGAAGGUGCAAGUACUGCCACAUUACUGUAACAACGGUUUGCAAUUUUUUUCAACUGUUCGAGGCGAACACUUGCAAAAUCACCGUUUCCUCCAUCAAUUGAUGUCAUUGAAUCGUUGAAGAAAUUCAUUCAACUAUCAUGAUUUGCUAAUCAACUGUACUUGAGCUGCGCAAAAUGGUUUACUACACGGGAUUACCGCUGCUGAUGCAGCAAGCAGAGAACAACACACUCACCCAGCUCUGCUUCAACUCCUCAAACGAUCAUUCCCAGUCGCAGUCCCAGCAGCAGCAGCACCAGCAACAACCUCUGGAUCAGCCACAACAUCAGCAGCAACAACAGCAUCAGAGGUUCCAGCAACAGAUCGUCAAUCUGAGCAGCAACCAAGGAGGCAAUGCGCAGUCACCACUGGGACAACAGCAUGCUACCGCCUCGUACACGAACUUCCACCACAGCAGCGGAGCGCUCGUACCAACAACCGUACCACAGGCGAGCCCUCCCCCAACAGGGACGGCGAAAUUCCGCUGCGAGCAGUGCAACAUCAACUUCGGCAGCAAAAGUGCCCACACCAGUCACAUGAAAUCUCACGCCAAACAGCAGCAACAUCAACAGCAACAGCAACAACAACAGCAGCAGCAACAGAUGGCUGUGGAAAGCAAAGGUGGCGUGAGUGGCAAGGGAAUGCUCAACGGACAGGCCACCCCGGCCGACCCGUACCAGUGUGAUGUGUGUAAGAAAACCUUCGCCGUUCCGGCCCGGCUGGUGCGCCACUAUCGGACGCACACCGGCGAGCGGCCGUUCGAGUGUGAGUUUUGCCAUAAGAUGUUUAGCGUUAAGGAGAACCUGCAGGUUCACCGGCGGAUUCACACCAAGGAACGACCGUACAAGUGCGACAUCUGCGAGCGGGCCUUCGAGCACAGUGGAAAGCUCCAUCGGCACAUGCGGAUCCAUACGGGUGAAAGGCCACAUAAGUGUAACGUUUGCGGAAAGACGUUCAUCCAGUCGGGUCAGCUAGUCAUUCACAUGCGGACUCAUACCGGUGAGAAACCAUACAAAUGUCCAGUAGAGGGCUGCGGAAAGGGGUUCACGUGCUCGAAACAGUUGAAGGUGCACUCGCGGACUCACACCGGUGAGAAACCGUACCACUGUGAUAUUUGCUUCCGGGACUUCGGUUACAAUCACGUGCUGAAGCUACACCGGGUGCAGCACUACGGAUCGAAGUGCUACAAAUGUACGAUAUGCGAUGAAACGUUCAAGAGCAAGAAGGAAAUGGAGGCCCAUAUCAAGGGUCACGCCAACGAAAUCCCAGAUGAGGAAGAGACUGAGACCAAACCCUUGGUGGAAGUGCCAUCGAGUAGCUCCAGCAGUAGGAGCAGUUUGGCAGAAUAUUUGUCUAGCGCAGGUAGUAUAGCUGCAGUGGACAGUUUGUCUCCGAUGGAAGAAGCCAUGGAACUCGAUACAAAUCUCCACACUCCAAAAGUUGAGUUCCAUGACCGGCAGAGCAACAGUAGCGCCAGCAGCAGCCAAGAAAGCAGUAGUUUUAGCAGAGCAAAUGAGAACAACAUUCAAUACUACUCGCAGUUUGAGCAGUCGGUGCUGCGAAGCUAUGGAGUCCAGUCUGGAGUAAACCCAGCAUUGCUAGCGGCGGCAUCUAUUGCAGCAGCGGCAACCGCCUCAUCGGUCGAGCAGAAUGAGGACAUCCAAAGCAAUAGAACACCAUCGCCUCCGCCUCUGGUAGUGUUCUCACAGCAGCAACAACAACAUCAACAAUUGAUGCCAUCGAAUGUGGUAGAUCGGUUAACGCCACCGUCCAUUCAGCAGCACCCCGCAUCCAUGGAUCUGAUGGUUCACCAUCUACCGGCUCAACAACGAUUCGAACAGGAGCAAUCGCCAGUUAACGCGGAUGCUUUCCUGUACAAACCGUUGGCAAUCAUGAAACAUCACGGCUACUUCGCACCAGCUUCACAAGUCACCGAAUUCAGGUCAUCCAGUGACAUCGUGCGGCAAGUGGAGGCAGCCAUUGCCGGAACGGAGAAUCUGCUGACGCCCCCACGGUCCUCGCCGGAGUCACCCGAACGGUCCUCGUCGCCCGAGUCCGAUUCAGUAUUAAUGGCCGAGCGGGACAACAACACGCUACCGCCCAGGAAGCGGAAGCUGUACUUCAAGAACGAACAGCCGCAAGAUCUCCAGCACCAUGCCGCGGUGUCCAUGGACAAUAGUUCGACGCCACCAUCGCCACCGUCUUCGGCGGCGGGCAUGAGGAUGAGUUCCGUCAUCCAGUACGCUAAGGCAUCCUAAGCGGGACAAGCGCGGUGAUAUUUUUCUUCAGGGCGGCCAUAUUCGAUGUAGAGUGCGUAUAGUUACAAGAUUAGCAAGCGGUUUACCGGAUAGAGGAAAGCAGACUUAUUAGUGGAUAGCUAAAUUAAUGAUAAUGUUUUUAGAAGGUAAUAUUUAUCUACAAGCGUAGAAUAUAGCGAGUCAGAUUUAAGGAAAAAUCAUGAAUACAAACACAUACACACAUACAUACACACUAAAUGCAAGAAGACUGUCUCAGGUUAAUCAGUCAUUACAUUUGAUAAGUAUAUCGCUUCUUCUGGAAUGUGGAUUGUUGACAGCUGGAGAGAGCCGUUGAACGUUGACACUGCAUAAGGCGUCUGAUCCGAAUUCAGCUUGAAUAAGUUUCCGCUGGAAACGAACGUGAUGGGUGUUUUUGGACAAAGAAAAAUAUUAAGACUGUUGAAUUGUCAAAAAUUUCUAGUAACCAAGAAAUAUUUUAAGGUGAAUAGGUAACGGCAAGGCAGAAUCUAUUAAAAGUGGAUCAAUAUCGGAGUAGUUGAUAUAUUUUACUGAGAAAUUACAACUUUUGGAUAGACAAUUGCGUUGAAAGUAACGAUGCAGCUGAGUAUAAUCGAAAUUUGAAGGCCAUUUGAAAAGACUAGCUUUUUUAUUAUAGCAUGAAACAAAACAUCAUUGGAGAAGGUGAAGAACGUAAGCAGAGCGGAAAACAUAGACUGGAAUCCCCCAAAAGUAAUCUUUAGCGAUAGAAAACCAAACAAACACUUUUUCGAAUUCGAAAAAUCAUUAGUAUUUAAGUGUCUUUUUCCUGACCCAAUAUAUAAACAAAUACUUUCAACAAUCCUAAAUAUUAUAGAAUAUAGGCAAAUAAUCAACAGCACAGCAUCAUAUUAGCAAAUAAUUGGUUAGUUUCAAUCGGAUGAAAUUCAGUACACCACUACAACCACUGCCAACUAUAACAAAAAAAAAACGAAAACUGCAACAACUUCUACACUCAAAACCGAUAAUAGAUGCAAAAAUUACAACAAUCAGGGAACUGGCAGCACUGUACAGCCACGCAGCCAAAUUUUUGAUAACCAAGCCACCCUUUUACAAGCGGAAAUAGUCUGCCAGGCAGUGCGGAAACUGACAAACAAUAACCGAAAAAAUAUACCUCAACUGCAGAAUAUUACUGAAUGUGUUGCCGAAUGUAAACUGAAUGGAAAAGAAAACCAUCCAAGCACUGUACAUAAGCACCUUCAAGAUAAACAAAAACAAUAAAUUCAACAGUCCCAGGAGGGAGAGAUGUUUGGUUCUGAUCUCUACUACGGUGAAACUGGUCAUGAAAGCACAGUUGCUCCAUACACAGCUCGAAGUUCAAGCGAAGAUGGGACAGUUUUGCAUUUAUGGGAAGUAAGCAAUGAGUGUGUAGCGAAAGUUUCCGGUUUGUUGCCAUCGGCACUUAGCAUAAAACAGAAUUCCAGUAAGCUGGUACAUGAGGAAACUUAAUUCUGGUUGCGCUGCUGGGGUCGGAACUGGAUGCACGCACACUCAUCAUUAGCCAGUUCAUUUAUGGUUAAUUUUAUCAUACGCAAACAUUAGAAUAUGCUUUAAGAUAUUGUGUAGUUUGUAUAUUGAAAUAGAAGCAACCACAUACAGAACAAUGCAUUUAACACACUAUUUUAAAAAUAGUUGGAUUAGAUUUAGACUCGAGCAGGCGUACACUGUGGUGAGCCGCGCGUCGAACUUACACACGGAAGAUAAAAACGUGAUUAUUUGUCUCUAAGUUUUGUCUGUUGGAGCAUCGAAAGGAGCUUUUGUUUUGUUUGGUGUUAAAUCAGCUUUCAAAUUUCCCCUGUUUGGAUUCCUUACUUCUGUUCCUUAUUUGAUUUCGUAUUCACAAUUUGUUCUUUCCUAUUUAUUAUUCACAAUUGCACUGCAUAGCAACCAGUGAAGAUCUUAGCAUGAAUAAAAAAACAAAAUGUCGUUGUUCAACAUUCUUAGCAAACAAAUAGCCAAAAUUUGUGGUUUCUGUUGAUCUGUUUUCGUUUACUCAAGUGCGUUUUUCUAAUCAUUAGUAGGCAAAAGGGAAUGAAAUAAAAUUCUGUUACAUUUUCAUCAAGUUGACUUAACUUUUAUAGACAUGAAAGCGAAACAUUAUAUAGGUCAGUGAAAUAUUGAACGUAAGGUGGCAACACCAAAACUGGUAGGCAAUACAUCUGAAACACUUUUACUAUGUAAAAUGUUUGGGAAACUCGAGAAAAGGGUAAUAUAAGGAAACAUGCAUUAUUGAAAAGCAAAAAGGAAAAAAACACUCCAUCAUUAAAACAAUCAUUUUAAUUGCUAUAUAUGUGCUAUAUUAUUGGUAAAUUAACGAAAAGGCAAUAAAUUGUAACGGAAUGAAAAUAAAAUUACAAAAAAAAAACUCACCACAAUCCGCUUAGUAGGUCUUUAUUUUCUGUUUUCAAUCGCCUCAGUGUAGUUUGAUGCAGUCAUAAGACCCUCUAAAAUAAUGCUAAGCAAACUAAAAUUAUUCAAAUUGAUGAGAGUGCAGAUACAAAGAGAAAUGUAAUAAAAGCUGGUUCGAUGGAAACAAGUUUCUUAUUUGUGACAUAGGACUAAACAUAAGUGGCGCGAGUGACCAUUAAAGUCUCGAUUGUAAGUAAAGGCGAAAAUAAACUGAACUAUUCUAUUGAAUCAUGA